AUGAUGAGCGAAUCAGUGAGUAAUAUUGUUGGAAAACAUCUUAUAUACAAGUAUGAUAAUGGAUGGCAAUAUGAAAUAUACGUUAAAAAUGAUCACACGAUUGAUUAUCGAAUACAUUCAGGCAUCGUCGGUGGUCGAUGGGUGAAAGACCAACAAGUUCAUUUAGUAAAAUUAUCAUCAACGGAAGAAAUUUUCAAACUUUCAUGGACUGAACCUACUGGCACAUCGGUUAGUUUGUCAAUUAAUUUGAAUGAACGUCAUCUUCAUGGUACAAUUUUCUUUCCUCGAUGGGUUAUGAAUGAACCGCAGAAGACGGUAUGUUUUCAAAAUGAUCAUCUCGAUGAAAUGCGUCGAUAUCGUGAUUGUGGACCAACAUAUCCAAUAGAAGUUAUUGAUGAAUUUGCUCAAAUUAUGUUUGUGGAGGAUUGCCGAGCAAACGACGAAUCAAUCAUUGCCUGUGCAUCGUCUGAACUACCCAGUAGUUAUAUUAAGCGUCUGAACUGA